GCCUCAGAGUUGUCUGCCUUGGCAGCUGCAGAUCGCGCUAAUGCCGAAGUAAUGCAACUUCGUGAGCGGAUCGGUCUCCUGACAGACGAUUUAGAUGCCAGCCAACGGUCAGUUGCCAUUGAGAAGAUGAAGUGCUCUGCCGCAGUAAACAAGAUUAGCCAGCACUCUGAAUACCUGUCUUAA